CCAUGUGGGAGACACAAUAGAUCAUUUCAUAUUAAGCUGUACUAAGUUCACUGGCCCAAGAGCACUAUUCAUGAGUGCGGUGACUGCACUGGGACUUCCUUGGGGUCUGCAAGCUGCCCUGGGUGCGGGUGUCACCAGCAAGCAGCGUCAUCAAAUUUUCUCAUACCUGCGGCACUACUUGCAGCAAUGUGGAGUGGUUGCUCAGAUGUAACUUGUAAUCAAUAAUUGAAUAGGCCCUCACUAUUGCCUGAUCCCUAAUAUUGAGUCAAACCUAGUUUGUUUUAUUUAUUUAGUAUUAUUAUUAUUUUUAUUUUAUUUUAUUUUUUUUUCCACUGACUCCAAUCUUGCAUGUCUACAUAUCUUCUAUUGGUUGGUCUAGUUUUGCAUGCAGCACCAUGAUGUCAUGAUGCUACUCUACGUCGCUGCAAAGAGGCAUGUUGCACCAUCUUGCAUGCUCCAUUUUAUUAUUUUUUUUUAUUUAUACUUAUUAUUAUUAUUAUUUUUUUUUUCUUCUACAUUCUGAAGCAUGUGACAAGUGUCCGGUACUAGUUGAUGACACUUCCCUGCCUGGAGUGCUCUGGCUUGUGGCUGGGCCCAAGCUUUCUCCUGUUGCCCCCAACUAAUGACUGAGAUCAGGCUGGGCAGUGCAUUAGCACUCGAAGCCUUCAAAUCCAAAUCAUCAUAACGUGUUUCUCGCGCCGUUAGAUUCAUCGCGCUGCGUUGGUUCUAGUGGUGGCUGGGUUAUGUCGGAUAACUACGUAUAUUAGUUUUGACAGCGCUCAGGUUGAAAGUAAUUUGUCCCGUCAAGGUUUCAACUAUUGAACUAACAUGAGAUUGGUUAGCAAAUGGGAUCGAAUUUCGUGAUUGCCAUGGAUCUGUUUUGUUGAAGAAUCUUGUCAUCCCUUUGCUGUCAUUGUUUGAAAUUGGACAUAUGAUGCCACCAUGAGCAGUAAAUUUGAGAAGCUCAACAAAUACGUCGGCGAGUUGAAAUGCAUCAAGCAGCAAUUGAUCAACACUCCUAUGUUGGAUAAACUUUUGGAUGCUGAGAUUCUUUCACGCGAGAAGAUUAUGAGGAACUUUGCAUUAGAAAAUAAGAGGCAUGAGUUGUUGAAGAGCAUUGCUAAGGUGCAGGAGAUCUUGACAGAAACCAGUCAGCAGUCAUUCAGACAGCAUCUUGAAAAGCAAAUGGCAUCCCUUCAGGAGGAAGUUGAUCUUAUUCAAAUUGGGUCCCCUGGAGUGGAACUCCCUGCUGAUGAAUUCAAGAAGAGGCUUAUUGAAUGUGAAGAGACGAUAGCCAUCACCAUCUACAAACUUGAGAGUCAAGCCGCUGCAGGGAAUAUUCAUUCCCAAACUGACAACGACUCAACAAGAUCCUGAGGCUGUCAAAGAAAAGCUUGCUGCAGCUGAUUUUGAUCUAGAUACAAGAAAUCUUGCUCCAGAAGUUACCAGCCUUGAUCCUGUGUCUGCCACAAAUUAGGAAGCAGCUGAAUCAGAAGCAGAGCAAAAAUCCCUCAUGAUUGCUCAAACUCCUCGAAUAAUGCACUUUAUGGUUAGUGUUUUUAUCUCGAUUCAUCAGAAACCCAAUACUCAAUUGACAGACCCUGGUAACUUUUUUGUAGCUUUGUUGUAACUGAAUGACAUAUUUGUGGUGGGGUUUUAAUGUUCGUCCUGCUUUAUUUAUGAUGGAUGCUUAUGAUUUGACAAGAACCUACAACAGAUAGUAAUGAUGAAGGAAUAACUGGUUCAAGGAAUUCAUGGGGAUGAGACAAUCACUUUGAAAUUUCAGAGAAGCAGAGACAAGUUUUAUUCUGGCUUAUAUGCCUUGAUCAGCGUGCCAUAGUUUUACAAUGGCAGUCAAAUAUAUACCAUAUAAGUCAUUUACUGGGCUUUUCGACAGUAAGAUUUAUCCAUUUGGAACAAAUUUAAGCUUAGAGCAUAUUUUGUUUACUUUUCUAUGGUUAAAGUUGAUAUAUUUAAUAAGCAUGCAUGAUCAAUUCACCUGUUGGAAAUAAAGUUUAUUUACUGACAUUAUAUGAGGAGUAUUUUGUUUUAGCUUACUUCCAGUUUAUCUUGAAGAUAUAUUUGUACAUUGUUGCUGUGAUCAUAGAACAGGUAUAUAUGGUAGAACUGGUAUUUGCUUGAUAGACUAAAAUUUCUGCUACUAAACUUAUUUUGCAAAAUAAAUAGCUUCAGCUGCAACUAGUGAGAGAAUAAUCCAGUUUGUUUAAGCUAGCAUGAAACUGAUGUGCAGACACAUAAAGAUAAAGACUAAGAAGGAACGUGAUAAAUUCAGGCACUUGUACAACGUAUUGUAAUGUGGCCUGCACAGAGAAGAGAUCUUCUAUGAACUUACAAACGUAAAUAAGACAGCUGACAGAAAUAUCUAGUUUUUGUGCAAGGCCCAAGUGAACAACUCCCUAUGUAAAUGUGGAAAUCUAAAACUCAUUAUGAUUAGGAAGGAACUUUUAGUAUUUUGGAUGCUAAAAAGAUGCUCUCAUGAUCCUGCUUUGACGUAAGAGCAUUGCUUUCCAUGCUAAAUUUUCAAGUGUAAUUGAAAAAUAAUAAUAUUUCUUACAUUUUUUUCUGUC